AGGUUCCUGUCCACUUAACCAGACCUCUCCACAACAGCCCUCUUGGGAACUCUCCCAAAUUCCGGUUUCAAGCUGUGGUCCAACUUCCACAUGGUGCGCUUCCAAGAGGUAGUUUCCCCAGUCUCCAUGCUCGUACUCUCCAACCACCUAUCUCUCUCCAGCCGAGCGAACCCGAGAGCGAAGACUCCGCCUCCGACCGCAUAUGCCCGUUCGGGGGUAUAAAAGCGGGCGCUCUGAGCGAGCGACACUCAUUCGUGUGCCGACCGCUCGCAGCAAAAGAUAUAGAAAUCGAGAACGCAAACGCAGAAAACACGCUGGAUUAAAGUGUUUCGUUUCGAACAUCGACAGAGUGAAAAUAACUAAGUGAAGUGAGCGCACAAAGCCAACUUGCCAACUCGCAGAGAAACCAAAAUCAAAUCAAAUCGAAUUGAAUUGAAAAGCAAGUCAAGAGCAAUCUUUAACUGAACCUCGCAAAGUAAUCCGGUACGACCGUGUAACAACCGCCAAGAUUCUACUCAAGGAGCGUAAAGCAAUCAUCUCCAGAAUGAAGUCCCUGACGGCCGUUUGCCAGACAGGUGCCUCCGGAAUGCCGGCCUUGAACGCCAGCGGGCGCAUCCAGCGCCACCCCACGCACCGCGGCGAUGGGGAGAACGCCGAGAUGAAGAUGUAUCUGUCCAAGCUGAAGGACCUAGUUCCCUUCAUGCCCAAGAACAGGAAGCUCACCAAGCUGGAGAUCAUCCAGCACGUCAUCGACUACAUCUGCGACCUGCAGACCGAGCUGGAAACGCACCCCGAGAUGGGCAACUUCGAUGCGGCAGCCGCUCUGACGGCGGUGAACGGACUCCACGAGGACGAGGACAGCGACAUGGAGGAUGCGGAUGCCGAGGCGGAAACGGAAUUCGAUUCAGAUGUCCUCGCCCAGCGCCUGAACGCCGAACAGCCGGCAAAAGUCUCUAGUCCCGCCGCCCGUCUCCCGCUCACCGAUCGCCAAACGCCCAACACUCUUGUGGCGCACGCCCAUCCGCAACAGCAGCAGCAGCAGCCACAGCAACUGCAACUGCAACUGCAGCAGCAGCAACUGCAAUCACAGCAGCAACUGUCCAACAGUUUAGCAACGCCACUGAAUGCGGAGAAAGACAGCAGACAGUCGUAAGCGUGGAAACGCCCAGCGGGGAAAACCCACGGAACCUAUAAACUUAUUAACUAAAUGCAUAAUGAAAGUAAAUACAGUCAAAACUCCACUCGCAACCUUCGUGUGAAGAUCUCCGCAUAAGAUAUCGUGUGAAACUCUCAAGAAAACCACAGCCCAGGCGCAUCUCUACAACGCUCCUUUUCCCGGGGAAAGGAAAACCCGGGGAAACGAGACCUCGCUUUUGGCUCGACAGAGUUUAGUUUAAACAUUUAUUAACAAGAACACAACACAAAACCUAGCAUUAGAGCAGCGUAAGCAAGUAAACAUUAUGAUUAUCAAUUAAACAUUACAACUAGGAUGGCGCUUAAGAAUGAACGGAAGAAAACUUGGCAAAGCUUUAAACAAUUUAAUUUUUCCUUUAACGCUUGAAAUUACACUGAAGCAUAUAUUUUUGUUUUCCUAAUUUUAGUUUUGUUUUGGUUUAAACAACGCAAGAAAAAAUGUUACUAAUGCAAAGCAAACAACAGAGAUCAGCAAUAAAAAGAAUUUAAUAAAAAUGCACAGGCAUCAAACUGGAAUUACGUUGAGUCAUCGUUUUCUGCAUUGCGAUUAUGAUAUGAUUUCAAUCCAAAUGACUUUCCUAUUAAUUUUAAUCAAUGAAGAGUUUUCCUAUUAUUGAUUAGCCACAGCCAAUAAAUAACAAGAACAACCAACUCAGCAGCACACACAUUCAAAUUCAUUAAUUUAUAUCGAGAGAGUACGUUUAGUGUUUAAGUUUUGAGAAUGUUCAUUUCCAGGCACUAAUUUUCACUCACAC